GGAUUUCUUAAGGAAGUAUACGGUCGCGAAACGUGAUUGGACAAUAUCGACGCCAAUCAUUGAUUCAAACCAUCCAAUCCACGUGAAACUAAAAAGCUCCGGCUCCGCCUUCUGGUGUUUAUGAGCCUAUAUGUAAUAACUAACAAUAACUAACUAACUAACUAACUUAAGCUACAUUGCGCUCGAGCUACUUUUACCUCAGAAUUCAGACCAAAUAUUUUCCGAGUAUUUUCCACAGCGGAUUGAAUCAGAGGCUCGGACCCGUCUGAGGCGUUGUCAUGGUUACCGAGCUAGCCUAGCAUGGCUUCAGGUAAUCGGCUAGCUGGCUAGCUGCGCUGGGAGGAUUACAGUAACGCGGUGUUGUUAACUAGUUUAACCCGUUAACUUUUUAUUGCUGUGUAUUUAUAUUAAGUGUGAGAUUUUGUCCAUCUUGAUGUCAUCUCAGUUUGCCUGUUGAUCAGUCAGUAAGAUAAAGGGGGAAGAUGCGAUGAUCCUGUGUUCGAGUUAAACCCGUAAGAAGAAAGAAUGCAAUAUUUCUGCUGUGGACUUCAGUGCUGUACAAGAUGAAGAAAAUAUUCCAUUUCACCAAAAGGAGAAAAGGUUCUCCAAGUGGGUCUGAAACAGCCAGUGUUCUUUCUGUCGGCUAUGAGCUGAAAGAGAAAGACUUGGGCAAGUUGCACAAAGCUGCAUUAACAGGAGAUGUAGCUAAACUCAGACAGCUCGCCAAAAAGAACGAUUUAAACCAGCUUGAUAAAGAGAACAGAACUGUACUACAUAUAGCUUGUGUUCGUGGACACACAGAAGUUGUUCAGUAUUUGGUGGAAAACAAAGUUAAACUCAAUCUAUGUGACAAUCAAAACUGUUCUGCCUUAAUGAAGGCAGUGCAAUGCCAGCAGGAUCGCUGUGUGUCCAUCCUUCUUGAGCAUGAGGCAGAUCCCAACUUGGUGGAUAUCAAUGGGAACACGUCGUUGCACUUGGCUGCCCGCAUCCCGUCAGUGCCUGUGGCGCUAAAGCUGCUUGAACACAAGGCGAACAUUAAUGCCCAGAACAAGAAAGGUAAUACUCCCCUGAUGCUGUCAGUGGAAGAAAAUCAUGCAGACAUGGCUGAAUUUUUACUUAAGGAGGGGGCAGAUGUCAAUCUGCAGAACCAGGAACAACGAACCCCUUUACUGAUUGCUGCUUGCAAGGGACAAAUCAGUAUGGUGCGACUGCUCUUGCAGUACAAUGCAGAUAUCACUGUGAAGGAUAAUAAAGGAUGGUCAUCUGAGGACUACGCUGGGAUGAAUGGGCAUCAUGCUUGUUCCCAUCUGAUCAUUGAACAUGGAACAAAGAUGAAGGCCUUGCAAUCACCCUCCCAUCUUGUCUUCAAUAAAAACAAGCAGACUUCACUAUUGGGCAGUCCCGAGGCUGGCUUUGCUCUUGGAGGUCCAGCUCUAGGGAAAGAUGGAGGAUGUGCAAAAGAAGAAGGGAAAGAUACAGAGGACAAUUCACAUGCAGACUCUAUCAGUAGAGCAUCAAAAAGUGGUCCUGCUGAUUCCUGGCAAUCGACAGAUGGUGAUGAUGAUGAUGAUGAUGAUGACGAAGAGCUUGAUCUGGGCCCAAAGAAACCUCAAAAGAUAAACUUGAAGAAACUCAUGAGUGCCUCCAAACGUGAAGGGAAAACAUUCAAUGUGGAUCCAGAUAAAUCCUGGAGUGGAACUGAAUCCGAGCCUAUCAGCGAGGGCAAUGCAGUAGAGCACAUGGCUUUCCCCAGUAGCAGUACCUUCACCCAGCACCCUGUAACCCCUAAACCUAUCUCCUUUUCCAAUCUUACCCAGAUGACCUCCAUCCCCCUCAUCAGCUCCCAAAAGGAAAGAGAGGAAGAGUCACCAUCAGAAGAUGAAUAUGAGGAAGAAGACAUGGAUGAAGAAUGCGAUGAAGUAAAAAACGAAAGAGCGGAGGUUAAGCCUCCACCAAAGACAGAAAUGUUCAAGAAGAGGGAUUUCUUGUCAGAGUUAGGAAUUGAAAAGGAAGAUGCAGGAGAGGAUUCACCUUGGGACUCAGAGUCUGGGUCAGAGAGUCCAAGCAAAAAGGAGCAAAGUGAGCUGAACUCCCCAACCAAGUCACCUAAACCCAUGUCCAGCAUUCACGAGGAGAGCAACGACGCUCUGCAUUAUAUCCCAUCUUUCUUAAGAGGAUCGAAGAACAGUAGUGUAUUCAGGAGCGUUGCUCAGCCUGGAGGUCAGAAGGCAGUGGCAGUCGUAAGGACUAGUCAGGAAGAGGAAGAUGACACCGUUCAAGAGAAAUCAGAAAAGCAGCCCAAACUGCUUCAUAGGGAACCGGUAGCAAUGCUGAAUAAGCUACUGGAGUCCAAAGAUGUUCGAAAUAAGACAGAUGUAAUGGAGGAGCUUGGUUUAGGAGACGUUGAUGAUCUUGAAGAUGCCUCAGACUGGGACUCAGCAAGUACCACCAGUAAAUGCAGUAAAAACCUGCCAGUCUACAAACCCGAGGAAGAGUUACGGAGCGAAACCCUACCGCCUCUACCCGGUGUCCAGGGGCAGGAACGUCGUCCAUCUUUUACAGAACCCCAGGGAGCUGCCAACGCAACAAUGAAGGAAGGAAUAGAACCUUCUCUUUUAGGAACUCGUCCACUGCCAAGACCACGCUCAUUCAAAUCUCAUACCAGUACACAGCCCCAACCUCAAACACACGUUAAUAAGGAGUCCGAUAGACCAAUAAGUGACGAAGACUCAGACCUGGACACAGACAACACCUCCAGUCCAACUAAGAUGACAACACCACUGCCAAAUAUUAUUGAGACUGAGAAAGUGUCACUGGUGGAGGAAGAUGGAGAGAGUGAUUAUAGCUCAGAGGCCAGUGAACACCCAGGAGAGGAGAGAAAGACUUUAGAGGCACAUGAGGUAGAUCUAAGUAGUCCAUGUCAGCUACACCCCUCUGAAUCCCAGACCCAUGUGGUAGAAGAGAAAGAAAAGGAUGAAGAAAAUCCAUCAUUCGAUAAGAAUACCUGGGAGCAACGCUACGAGAAAAUCUGGGUGGAAAUUGAGAAAAAGGAAACAAAAUCCCAGUACAGAAAUGUAACUGCUGAGCUUAAAGAAAGAUUCGGAGAGAUGGAGAAGGAGCAAAGAGAGAAUUCCCAGGACAAAGAGAAAGAAGAAGCAAAUGAAGAUAUAAUAAAAGACUCAGACAUUCUUCAGGGAGCAUCUGAGGAAGACUCCAGUGAAGAAGAGGAAGAGCUGAUGGUGCGACCCACUACAGGGGCUAAGAGAGUUAGACUGCUGACUAUUACUGAGCAGAGGGAGUCUGGACAAGAGGAAUCGUACUCUGAGGAUCCUCCCAAAAAUGAUUUUUCCAAACACAAAAAUAUCCAGCAACAUUCCUCAGAAACUCCAAAUAAAACUGCUGAAGAAUCAGAAAGCAGCUCUUACCAAAGGUCUGGCUGUAAUGCAGAGUCUAUUAGGAGUGAAAAUAAACUGGCUUCCAAGUGUAAUCUCAAGACUCCAUUGACAACGAAUCGAGAAUCGUAUCAGGAAGCGGAGAUAAGUGCGCUGCAGUUAUUCGGGAAUGCAAAUGUUCUUCCCUGUAGGUCAGAUGCAGCCUCUUGCAACUCAGAUGAAUUGGUUGAGGAGGGCCUACAGAGGUCCAGAACUGAGAGCGGUUUGGCGAAGGCUGGCGUCAUGAGAGGAGAACCUACAUCUAGAGCAUUUUGGAACACUCUUGGUUGUGGUAAACAAUCAGACGCUGACCAAGGAAAAGGCAAGAAAGCAGACGCCAACCGUGACAAGCCAAACCCUAAACAGGAAGGGACACGUGAUAGCGGAUCUCAUCAGAAGGACGACACGUUAAAGAAAAAGGAUCACGUUUCUCCGAAAUGGCCGACAAGAAGCCCAAGGAGGAGGACAACACUACUUGAUGAUGAGGCCAAGGGAGCAAUGGGUAGCCAGGGGAACCUGCUACAUGUUCCUGCCCCAAAGCAGUCUAGAGAGUCCUGCCCUGUGAACCACCGUAACGGAGGCCCCCUGUCUGUGUUUGAUGAUAGUACAUUAAGUGAGGUGUCAGAAGAUGAAGGAAGGUCUCCAUCUUCAUCGCACAGGGCCGAGAAAAAGAUUGAUGGAGAGUCGGAAAUCGCAGAUGACUUUGAAGACCUCACACAGUCUUCCGACACCGCUACGGAAGAGCUGGAAUCUGCUCCAUCAGGCUACUUCAAUGCCGCUCUACUCAUCAAGCAGCUGGACGCCAGCUCUAUAGAUUCAGUGAGCAUGGUGAAGUUGCAAAACAUGUUCCAUGAGUAUGAGCGCACUAUCCAGAAGGAACGCAACAGAUAUAGAAGACUGGCUGAUAAGGUUUGUCAGCUGGAGCAAGAGCGGAAUGAGCUCAAGCUCCUGCUGGAGGAUAGCAGAGAGAACAAGUCCAUCCUGGAGCACCUCCGACUAGACCUGGAGACAGACCUCAACAACCUCAAGUUUCUGCUGAAGCAGGAACAGGAAAAGCACCAGAGUGCUUCUAUGCUGUAUGAUAAGUCUCGGGAACAGCUGUUUAGGAAAGAGGAGCAGCACCGGGUGGAGGCAGAGGAGAGAGAGAAAGUGGAGCUCAAAAUGAGGAACCUGGAACUAGAGAUUAGGGCUCUAACGAACAACAUGAAGCAGUUGGAGGAAGACAGAAAUGAAACCCAGCGUCUUUUGGCCCAUGAGAAAAGUUCCCGAGCCUUACAGGAGGAUCUGCUGAGAAGUCACCUGCGCAAACAGCAGGACAUCGAGGAGAACCUCAGGAACCAAUCCAAGAGCAAUGAGGCGGCAUCCCAACUGACUGAAGCCAGUGGGCAUGAGAGGGAGCUGCAGCAGCAGGUCUGCACUUUGCAGGAAGAGCUGAGCUCAGUGCGGGGUGAACUAGAGCACGUUCGGUCCCUCAGCCAGCAAGAGGAGAGCAGAUUGGUUGAUGAGAGAGAUGCACUACGGGAGAAACUAGAGGACGCUCGCCGCGACCUAAAGCUAAGUGAUGAGACUCUGGCUCAGACUGUCUUCCAGUAUAAUGGGCAGAUGAGCACCCUGAAGUCAGAGUGCACACUGCUCAGCACCAAACUGGAGCAUGAGAGGCAGGUGCGCCAACAACUGGAGGCUGAGACAGAGACAAGCAAAACACGGCUCCAGGUAGCAUUGCAGGAGACUGAGAGGUGUCAGGCGGCCCGUGCGGAGACCGAGCGCACCCUGCAGCGUGAGCGUGAACAACAUCAGCGAUCUGAAGAGAAGUGGGCAUCAGAAUCCAGCUCGCAGCGUGACACAAUCCAGUCACUUUCUCAGAAGCUCAGUGAGGCCGAGACCCGUGCCAACAGCUUGGAGAAUGAGUGGCACAGAUCCACUAUGGGUGUGGCUGAGAAGAGCGCUCUGUUGGAGACGGCAGCUCGCGGACAGGAACAGACCCGUGCACGGCUUCAGGAGCUAGAGGGGAUGCUGCAGAGCGAGCGUGAUCGGGUGAGCCGUGCGACCGCUAGACACGAUGCCAUGCAGGAGAGGCUGGCACAGGCGCAGAGCGAAGGUGCCUUGCUCAGGCAGCAGUUGGAGGAGGCACAGAACAGGGGCACAGCCAAGGAGCAGGCUGUUACAAACGCGCAGGAGUGCUUCACUCAAGCUCUCAACCAGCUACGUGCCAACGGUGAGGAGAGAGUGCAGCUGGUUGAGGAGAGGAGCAAAGAGCUGGCAACCAAAAAUUCUGAGCUCAGAGAACAAAACUACAGACUAGAGCAGGAGAAAGCUGAUAGAGAGAGUACUGUGAGGAAGCUUCAACAGGAACUGGCUGACUCUCUAAAGAAGCUGGCCAUGUGUGAGGCAUCUCUAGAGGUGAACGCUCGGUACCGCAGCGACCUGGAGGAAGAGAAAACACGCAAUCAGAAAGACAUAGACAGACUCAAGGGAAAGCUUCAGGAGAGCGAGGAGCAAAACCUUCAGGUGGAAAGGCGCAUUAACAUCCUGAUGGGCACUUUGGAGGAGAAGGAGCGGGACCUCGUCAACACCGGACAGAAACUCCAGGAGGUGCUCGCUGCUACAACCAGCUCAGAACAUAUCACUAAACAGCUAGAGGAGGCAGUACAGAGGUUGGAGAUUGAGAAUGCCAGACUGGAGGCAACAGUAAAACAACAGAGUAACCGCAUCGAAACACUCCAGAAAGAAGUUCAGGAAGCUACUGCCCUGACAGAUUCUUCACCAGGAGGAGGGGUACGGAAUCAACUGGAGAAUCUAGUCACAAAUCUGCAAAGCAGUAAGAUGACCCUAGAGGAUCAGCUCAGUCGAGAGGUGCAGAAGCAGAGUAUGCUUUCCCACAAUGCCCAUGACUCUCAGGCCCUGUGGGAAGAGGAACUGAAGAAUCGCUCACGGUUCGGUCUCCGACUGGCUGAACUGGAGAAAGAGAAAGGAGACCUCAGCAAUCAGAUGGAACUGGAAAAGAAGAAAGCCAAAAAGAUGGCAGAGCAGAAAAAGGCGGUGGAUGAACGACUGGACCAAGAGAUGAAGAGAAACACGGAACUUCAGAAAGAAAUGUACAGAUUGCGUACUCUGGUGAAAACUGCUAAGAAGAAGCUGCGGGAGCAGGAUGGAGGAGAGCUGGGUUCUCCUCUGGGCAGUCUGAGAGGAGAGAUGUCCAACAGACAGAAUGAAACAGAGUUUGCCAUCAGCAGGAUGAAGAUAAAAGUGGAUGAGCUACAGGUGCAGUUGGAACGGGAGGCAUCACGCUGCUCUAAGCUGGAAAACAUGAACCGGGAGCUGAAGGAGCAGCUCAGCUCUCUGAAGGCCCUGGGUCGCAGUCACGAGCGUCUGGAGCGCAGUAAGCAACAACUGGAGGAGGAGGUGACGGGACUACGCAGGAGGGUGGAGGCUGGGGUCAUGGACCAAAGCCAGGCUGAACAAUUCCGUAGGGAGACGGAGGAGAGAGCCAGACAGGAGAUCCGCCAUAAACUAGAUGAGAUCAACCUCUUCUUGCAGACACAAGCAGCGUCUCAGGAAGCUCUAGAGCAGAUGAAGGCUGCCAAUGAGGCGAGUCAGAGAUCUGAUCUGGAGCAGCGCAUUAGGGAGCUGGAGGCUGAACUGAGUCGCACACACACCACGCAGCAGGAUUGCCUUCUGCAGAGAGAUUCCAGCCGCACGGAGCUCGAGCGGUACAAACAACUGUACACUGAUGAGCUGAGACUCCGGAAAAGCCUGGCUACUAAGCUAGAGAGGUCUAACGAGCGGCUAGCAGAGGCCAACGCAAAGCUACUGAGCGAGAGGCAGAACAGCAAGACUCUCCUCAGUAGCAGUGUAGUUAACGGAAGUCUAGGAGGACCGGCGCUGGACGCACAUUCCUCUCUGGGCCGUCUGGGUUUGGGAGCGUCUCUGCUCAGCCCUCUGGGGGACCCACACACCAACCGUGUGGAGACCUACCUGGCAAAGAUGCAGUCUGAACUGGAGAAAAACAUCACAAAGGAGCUGGACUAUGGCACAAGCGAGCUAGAGGCUGCGUCUACCCGGAUGUCUCCCGUGGGUUCUGCUUGCGGAUCCCAGAAGAACCUGAACUCAAAUCUGAACGUGGAGCAUCAGAGCAGUGACGCACUGAGCAGAGCCACACAACAGUACCUGGAGGUUCUCAAAAAGAACUACAUGAUCUGAAACCUUUCACACUAGAAUAAGCCAGUGGGACCUUAGCACAAUGAAUAUGACUGAAAAAUUUGUUUACUAUAUUAUUUUUUAAUUUUUUAAUUUUAAGUAAAUCAGAAUUGAUUGUGGAGAUAAAGCCACCGUUAUAACUGUUCGUUUUUUACAGAUAUAAUAAUAUUCUAGUGCUGUAAAAUUCCCUUUACAGCCUUCAGGUACAGUUUUUCCUGGUAGUUCUGGGCUUGAUGUGUCUGUCUGUGAAUCUUCAUUGACGUAUCGGAAACAGCACUGGCGUCACACACACACACACACACACACACACACACACACACACACACACACACACACACACACACACACACUACAA